CAAGGUCAGUGGAUUUAAAGAAAUUCUGCUCUUUAUCUCAGGGGGCCAGAAACUGCCCGUGUGUGCGUGUGCGCUUGUGCACGCUGCAGCGUGUGCCGCCGUGCGAGCCUGGAGCAGAACGCAGCCCCACGCAGCAGGUCGUGCCCCGCGCGGGCAGCGACCUCCUCCUGCCUCCACGCCCUACGCCCACGGCUGCGGCCGGAACGCCAGUGAUCCGCGGCAUUAGUCAGCAGCCUUUUCCCAUUGAAGGGCGGCUCUUUCCCAGCUCCUGACAGUAACUCUGAUCCCAGGCUUUCAGGCAGCACACACUCCCCACCUGCUCAUCUGGGAGAAGGUCAUUAUCCCCCGGCUAUUCACUGCCAAUGGAGCAUGCAAGAAUAGAUGCUUCUCCCUUUGUGCGGCCAUUCUCCCUCAUUGGUUGUGGAGUGUGGGAAACUCCAGCAAGCCACAGACCCACAGACUCUCAGAGAGGCUGCACAGUAUAAAUAUCGGGCAGGGAGAGCUUCCAGCCACACAUUUCUCCUGGAAUUCCACUCUGAGAGCUUCCUUUCUCAGGACAGAUGGCUCCCAGCACUGUUUUCCUGGAGCCCGAUAACCUGCUGACACCAAAGGAGAAAAACAAACUGAGGAAGCCGGUGGUGGAGAAAAUGCGCCGUGACCGGAUUAACAGCAGCAUCGAGCAGCUGAAACUGCUCCUGGAGAAGGAGUUCCAGAGGCACCAGCCCAACUCCAAGCUGGAGAAAGCCGACAUCCUGGAGAUGACCGUCAGCUACCUGAAGCAGCAGAGCCAGCUGCAGGUGAAGACUGCAGGAUCCUUCCAUAAAAGCUCUCAGUUUGACUUCAGAGAGGGCUAUUCUAGGUGUUUGCAAGAAGCUUUCCAUUUCCUCUCUCUUCAUAAAGUCCGGACUGAAACGCAGACCAAACUUUUAAGCCACUUCCAGAAGAGCCAGUUGGCUGCUCCGGAGGUCACCUUGUCCCCUGGGAACCCCAGCACCCUGAAGCAAGCGUCCCCCAAAGAUACCAGUGCUCUCUGGAGACCCUGGUAGUCAGGGGAGUCCUUCCGCCAUGGACCUUUGCCUUUUCCAGUCCAGAGGAAGGAUCUGACAGCAUUUGCUGGUCCAGCUCUGAUCCUCUUUUCUGUAGGGAAUUUUAUUUCCCCUGUGUGUUUUAUUUAUGUGUGAAAAGAAUGGCAUAGUUUUGACUUUUGCGGGAUCCUUUGGCAAAAGUUCAGGCGUUCUGCUGAGUGCUGUUGAAGCUGUGUGGACGCUGGUGUAGAAGCACACAGCAUCCUGCCCAGUCGGGGCAAAGGUCUUCAAAAUGGAGGGUAUUUUUGUAAAUGUUACGGUUGUGACGGACAAGAAUUGCUGUAGGAGAGAUUUCUCUAAUAUUGCUUGUACGAGCCAUCAGCUUUGCUCUGGCUUGACUAGAGACACUUGUUUGCUCAGUCACUCCAGAAGGUAAAUUUACUCCCCUUUCGUUCAUGCACACUUGAUUAAAAUCAGUUUCCCUCUGCUUAUAACUUGUACAGCAUCAAAAACGGGUUUUGGUUUGGAUCUUUCCCCAGUGGCCGUUCCACAGUCCUAGAUGUAAAGUGUGGCAGAUGGGCAGAAGCUAGGAAACUAUGUGGAAUAUUUCUACUGUUUUGCUGCUUUUUUCGAUUUAGAAAAAGAGUAUGUUACUGCUUUAUGUUAAAGAAAUGGUAGUAGGUAAAAGGCUUAAUUGGUCAAUGUUACACAUUUUGGGUGUAAGCUAUGCUUUUUCUAGCAUUUUCAUUAUAAUAAUGAUUUUUGUGUGUAUCGAGUGGUUUAAUUCAUGGUGGAUCGUGUUUCUCCCGCUCCUGGGACAGCGCCAUGGCUUCUGUGCAUACUGCGUAUGCGUCUGUGUUUGUAGAGAGCAAUAAAAUGCAUUCGUGUGCAA